CUGGUGCUAAAAUAAACAAAGAUAAAAGCGAAGGCCUCUGGCUUGGUAGUUUUAAAAACUGCCCCGAUUCCCCUCUAGGUUUUAACUGGAAAAAGAAAUCCCUCAAAAUCCUUGGCCUCUAUUUCGGUACUGAAGACACAAAUAAACUGAACUGGGAACCUAAAGUUUCUAAAUUUAUUAAAACAUUAGAUCUUUGGAAGUCGCCCAACUUGACCUUUAGGGGAAGGGCCGUUGUCGUUAAUCAGCUUGCAAGCUCUGCACUCUGGUAUACAGCUUCGGUUUUCCCAAUACCCCAAUGGGCAGUCAAACAACUUAAUGAAAAACUUUGGCAUUUCUUUUUUAACGGCAAACGACCCCUGAUCCCUUACCUUAUCAAGAAGGUGGCCUCAAUGUUCUUGAUAUAGAGAAAAAAUGUAACAGCCUCCUUUUAUCAUGGCUAGCCAAACUCGUUGCCCCCGAACAAACAGGCAAAUGGAAAGUUCUCUUUGACCAUUUCUUAGGAAAAUACAAAAAUCUAAAUAUCGGAAAAAAUAUCCUUAAAUGCUAUUUACAGUCCCGCGAAAUAAACAAACUACCUUCUUUCUAUAAACACACCCUCCGUGCAUAUCUCGCUAUUACUAAUGACCAUAACAGAUCUCUAGAUAACAUGUUUGAAAUCUUUAAGGAACCCCUCUUUCUGAAUCCUAAAAUCGCGAAAGAUAGUCUACCUCUCAACCCCUGCUGGGUGGAUGCAGGAAUUACCUUCUUACGAGAUAUUACCUACGAGUUUUCCCCUGGUUUUCUCCCUGAACUCGCUAUCAAUGAAUUAGUUGGUAGUAAAUUUAAGCCUAAAGACCUUUCUUCCAUUUUAUCAUGCCUUCCCCUUGAAUGGAAAAAUUUCAUUUGUUCCAAUUCUGCCCCUAAAGAUCGCUAUUCUAUUAAUUUCACUCCGCCUAUUAAAGAUGUUAAAAAGCCGCUUUGUAAAUUAUCUUCUAAAGACUUUUAUCUCGCACUCUUAUGCCCUCAGCUUUUGUGUUUAUUGGGAAAAGAAAUUCACAAAUCUUGACAAGAAAUUUAUAUUGAAUUCGAUAUUUACUAGAGAUUCUGACCGUAAAUCUUGCGACCUUCAAUGGAAAAUAAUCCAACUCGCUAUUCCCACUGCCGAUCGUUUAGCUAGGCACAAAAUUAUCGACAACCCUUCUUGCCCCACUGUAAUAACCAUAAUGAAACUACGCUACAUCUUUUUAUCCAUUGCCGUCUAGUUUCGCUUCUGUGGGACACGGUCCUUUCGCAUAUUAAAUAUCUUGAUUUAGACUUAAAUUUAGAUUCUUUAGAACAAUUUAUUGUCAUCGGUUUUGCUAGCAUUUAUAUUUCUCCUAUUUACUCGUCCGAAAUUGCCCUCCGUGAUAUAGCUCUCCUUGCAAUUUGGUCUUCUAGAAAUAAACUCGUUUUCGAUAAUGAAUCUAUCGAUCCCUCUAUACCGCUAUACUCCGCUCGAUAAUAAAAGAGGAGUUUUUUCUCGUUAAGUCCUCCUUCGCUGGUCUUUUUAAUUUUAAAACCACUUGGUGUUGCAACAACGUUUUAGCUUUGGUUGUUGACGAUAAACUUUUUAUCCAUUGUUAACCCCCGGAUAGUAUAACUUGACCGCUCUCUUCAACAUCUGAGCAAUAUCGCACUCAGUGUUUUCCGAGACACUGAAGAUUAACACAUCUAUUAAAUGACACUUAAACAUGAUAAUCCUCCCCACCGUUUACACAAAGAUCGGAUACCUCCCUUUGUGAUUAAUUUGGCUGUCUGGCUUUCCCAACUACUGAUUGAAACGCCUCAGGCCAUUCUAGGAUUGGCGAGUUCCCUGCCUCGUUUCGAAUUUGCUAGAAUACAGAAAAAGCCCUUUCGAAUAACUAUACCCCAUAGUCAUACAUUAUUGCCUGUUCCCACCUGGAGCAAGAAGCCCACAAGCAAAGCCAACAACCCUAGCGGACCGUACACUACGAGAGAAGAAAACCAGCCAGCCUGCAGCUAUGCAGCCCUAGCCGCUGGCGGGGUGAUCAACUGCCGGGCCUUUAUUCGGAGACUGGCAGACAAUGGUUUGAAGCCAACCCACCUCCAGAAACUGCCGAAUGGGGAUCUGGAGAUCACUUUUGAGUCUCUAACAGACAAAGACCGUUUCCUUGGUCUGGACUCUGUCUGCCAGCCCUGAGUACCUUGGACGCCUGGUCUCCAGCACCCACCACCAAUGUGGAUCUGCAUCUUUCAUGUUCCCGCGGAGCUGCUACCAAAAAUUGUUGAGAAGAGGAUGGAGCAAUUCAGAUGGUCCUGUUUGCCAUGGAAAAUAUCAACCCUGAUACAGACAUUGCCAACUGUGGUAGUGACCCUUAAAAUGGUGAUUAAAGAUGCCAUACCUAGCCAUGUACACCUGGGACCAUACUGUUUAAAGGUCCGACAUGAGGCACAGCCAAUGACGUGUCAUAAAAUGUAACAGUAGAGACCACUUUGCAGCCAACUGCUCUGUAAAAAGUGCUACAACUGGGGGUCCAGCUGCCACAUUAAUGCCGACUGCCCUGAAACCAGGGUUGUGGGUCGCCUGAUCACCACAUUGUUCAGUGCGAUGCCUCAUGGACCCUAGAGGUAAACAGGUACGCCAACUCCUCCUCUUCAUCAUCGGAUGAAGAAGAUGAUAGCAUCUCUAUCCCAGAGAUGCCCACCAACACCACCAUGGCCUACGACAGAGCCUUUGCCAUCCAACAUAGCCUUGGAGAUUCAACAGCUGACCAGGCUCCUACAACCCAGGAUCAGCACACCUCGGACGUAGGAACACCCAAUUGGUACGCGCACACCAUGCUCUUGGCCAGUGCUUCCAGUGCCAAUCUGGUUCUAAACUGGACGGCUGCCAUCAAAGUUCACCCAUCAACACCGGGUGAGCUGACACCCUCAUAAAAGGACAGUCACCCUGUGGCUGCUCCCAGCAAGUCAACUAGUGACACAGACUGAACCUUGCAGGAAGAAAAUGGACAAGCAGUCAAAAAUUGGUUUGAUCCACCAACACCAGAUGUUAUGAACUUGUCUUCUUCUCCACUUCUCUCUUCUGAAUUCUAUGUCGAGGCUGGCGCCCUAGCGGCUUUAAAGAGGUCCUUCCAGGACGAUAAUGUCUCUGACAUUUCCGCCGUGCAAAGGCCCUCUACAAAAAAGAAGCCAAAAGGGCGUUCAGCUCAGCAACUUGCCCCUUCUUAAUGACCAAUGAUUUGGCAAAGGGAAAUAGAAAUAUUACUAAUUGCACAGUCAAGAUAAAGAUUUGGAUCAUUAUGUAUACAGGUGAGGUUGGGUAACUUUCAAAACAGGCAUAUUUAUUGUUAGACAUAGGCACAGCCAUUAUCAUAACACAGAAUGUAGAAGAGUGGACUCUCCAUUUAAACAUGUAAUAGGAAGUUGAAGAUUAACAGGAAAGGGGAAAAGAUUGUUAAACUUCCUACUCAUGUCAAGAGUUACUGAUCAUUACACUAAAUGUAGUUAGAUUUGACUCUAUAUCUAACUAUGAAGUAGGACGUUGAGGAACAUUGUAGUAGGACGAUCACUGGUCCUUGAUUGAUAGCAGCAAACUCAUUUUUGCUGAACAAGUUUACCUGUAUAAAUAUGGUCCUAUUAUUAUUAUUAUUAUUAAGAAAAAUGGACAAGGAUAUGUAAACUUUACACUACUUGCUAUUGUCUAUGUAUGUGCAGAUGAUAGAAUGAUCACUUCAACAGGACUGGCAAGCAAAGCAACUGGAUAGCCUGUUAACUUAUUCACUAGACUAUUUCCAAUAAGCCUUAACUUAUGACUACAGAACGCAAUUUUUGGACAGACCAUCAGCAAGCCAAAACUUUCAAGACUUAAGGCCGACCUCCACUUGGCCGCGCAUACGGUGCGGCCAAGUCAGCGCAUGCCCAGUGACUCGGUAUGAUGCAAUAUUCUUGCCCGUCACGUUCAAACUUUGUACGCUUUGAAAGUAGAACCUGGUUCUACUCUCAGAGCGGCCGCUCUACGUACGUCGAUAUUAUCCAAUCAAAUUGCAAGGAAGUGAAAGCUAAUUAAUAUUCAGCGCCAAAGAAAGUAUGAUUUCAAGAUGGCAGUGAAGGAAGGUGCAGGCAACAUCAAUGUGAACGGGAUAACCUUAACAGCAUAUCAACAACAGCAGUUGCAUGCUCAUCAAAUGGCCAUUUUGCAAAAAAUUUUAGAUGACCAAAAUGUGGGCCUAAUUACAAAUGAGGAAAGGGACGCAAGUAGGCCUCCAAGUCCAACAAGCCCAGCAGCAGCAGCAUCAGCGCCCAGCUUUGAAACAAAUGAAGAUCAAUUAGACGAGCUGCUGAUAAAUGAAGUACAGUUGUACAGAUGUCUGUGGGAUCCUCGCGCAAGGGCCUACAAAGAAACGCCAAAGAAAAACGAAGCUUGGAAACAGAUCUCCACAAAAUUAGGGAAGAAUGAUGAAGCUUUGAAAAAGAAGUGGAAGUACCUCAGAGAUGGAAUGAUGAAGUGUUUGAAGAAAAUUGAGAUUGCCAACCGUUCUGGAUCUGGGGCACAUUGUACUUCAACAUGCAAGCAUUUCGAGAGUUUGUUGUUUUUAAAGGACUCUAUAUCAAAUAAAGCAACUGAAAGCAACAUUGUUCAACCUGAUCACACUAUAGAUAAUGAUACUGUAUCUGCCAGCUUACAUGUAAAUUCUCAGCAAAUCUCACUCCCACCAUCACCAUCCCCAGUUGGUGCUCCAAAAAGAUCACGUGUUGAUUUUGAAAGAAAAUUGUUUGAAGAAGCCAGAGAAAGACGUGAGCGCAUGGAUAUACUGCUACUUGAGUCCAUUAAAUCAAAUACGUCAAAAGCAUGUGAUAGUGAUGACAGCAGAGAUGAUGCAGAUGUCCUUUUCUGCAAAAGCCUGGUCUCGUCACUAAAGAAAAUGAGACCCAAGCAAAACAGGAUGGCCAAAAUCGCAAUUCAACAGAUUCUCUUAAAGUAUGAGUUUGAAGAAGACAUUGAUAACUAACUAUUUAAACAUCAUAACUACUGAGUAUUUCAUAAUGCAGUCAUGUGCAAAGUUUAAGACCACCCCACCAAUUCAGAGAAAUAAACAUAUUUCCAAUAGAUGUCUUUUUAGGAAUAACAUGACAUUUCAGAAGACUAAAUGGAGAUUAGAUUAGGUCCACAAUGCUCGAUGCAAGAGCAGCUUUAUUUUGUUGACCUUUACAUCCAAUUUGUUGCUUGUCACACUCAGAUAAGUAGAAUAACAAUUUUACCCUGUUGAAUCUCAGGGAGUGAUUUUUUCCAACCUAUAUGUUUGCAAAAAAUUGAUUGAAAAAUGCACCUUUUAUGUGUAGCAAUUACAUAAUCUUUGGCAAUAACAUGCAAUGUAUUUGUUUCAUCCACACUAUUCUGAAUAAACAGAAAAAUUUAAUGCAUUGAUUUAAUGUGCUUCUUUCAAACAUAAUGCAUAUACUGCCUAUUUUGAGGUUAGCCAAGGAAAUUAGGAACAAUAAAAUGUUGCCUUGAAAACUGUUUCACAUGACUGUAUUAGUUAGGGCAUGAAGAGGCAAACACUUUUUCAAACUGUAACUUGCUGAAGACAGUUUUAAUACUUGUAUACUAUAACAUCAGUGACCUAACUGUGGUAAACUUCUCAGCAUAAUUUAUCUUGAACAUGAACUUGUCUUCUCAUUUUGUUAAGUUAUUAUAUACAGUCCUCAUCAAAAGUAUUUGAUGUGCUUUGAACCUCUGUCCACUGCAAAGGAACUGAACCAACCUCAGAGCAGAAGUAAGCUUUGAAGUUAUCUCUAACUUCCUUUGCCAACUGGGAGUAGUUGUUUGAGCUUGUAUUUGAAACUUUAAGAAGAGCUUGAUUAAAACAUUUGGUUCUCCAAGAGCCAUUUUUAAUCCUUCUAUCAAUUUCCUCAUCUAUUAAGUUGCCAGGACAGUAUUGGUAACCACUUUCAAAGCAUUUGCCUUUCAUCAGAAAAUUGUGCAAUGCCACUAUUGACUUUGUGACAGCAAUAGCAGUGUCAGUGUUGGCACAAAUAGGGCGUCGAAAAACCUGGAAUCUUGAAUUUGCUAUCCCAAAGCUGUUCUCUACAAUUCGACGGGCACGUGAUAUUCUAUAGUUGGUUACUCGCUCUUCUUUGGUCAUUCUUUGUCCUAGAUAUGGCUUCAUCAGACAGGGUUUGAGGGGGAAUGCGUCAUCUCCCACAAAAACAUAAGGGUAUUUCUUUCUUGUGUUCCCCAAUGUACGUGGUGCUGGCAAGUUUAAACAGCCGGUAUUGAUGGCAUGGCCUAAAUGACUGCUAGAGAAAACACUGCCGUCACUAAGUCUCCCAUAAUCACCAAUGUCUACCAUCUCAAAUUCGUAGUUUGCAUUCACUGUAGCCAUUAGCACUAUGCUAUGAAACUUUUUAUAGUUGAAAUACAUAGAGCCACCCCUAGGAGGACAUUGAAUUAUGACGUGUUUUCCGUUGAUGGCACCCACACAAUUAGGGAAAUUCCAUCUAUCCUCAAAACCUUUGCUGAUAGUCUUUCCACUCCUCAGAUGUCUGGGGCACUUUCAAAAAACCCUCUUGUUUCAAAACCAUCCACAACACAUUACAAGUUUCUUUCACUACUCUCCCAACUGUCGUGCCACUCAUUCGGUAACUUGCUGCAAUUGUGUUGAAUGAGUCACCAGUUACGAGAAAUCGCAAUGUAACACAUAAACGUUCAGCUGGUUUAAUCGGCUCUCUUCUCAUAGCACCAUGCAGAAUGUGUGGGGCAACAUAGUUUAGCAGCUCCUCGAAUUUUGUUGCUGUCAUGCGAAACAUUUGGAAAAAAAGUUCAGGGUCUGACAACUGGGCCUGUACAACCAAAGAAUGAUAUUCUCCUUUCAGUUGUCUCUCCUUGUAUAUUUGCCUCGUCCAAAAUCUUUUCUUUCUUGGGAGUUUCGAAAGAAGAUAAUUUUCAAUGUCUUCAUAGUCUUGCUCUCUUCUUCGCAGUAUUAAAAGGAGAAGCAAUCGCCUUCGCUUCACAGCUUCCAUGUUGUUUAUAAUUUUUGGCGCAAUUUAUUCAGACGUUUGCACGGACAGAAUAUUUCUCUAUGUACGGACGUACAGCUGACCUCCACUUGGCCGUACGUAGUACCGAGUCACUGGGCAUGCGCUGACUUGGCCACAAUGUACGCGCGGCCAAGUGGAGGUCGGCCUUUAGCUGCAACUUGAUAUUUUUAAACGCAAUUUUUUUAACAACAAGAAAAAAAGGCCAUGACUGAGCGGAUAUCAAGCUACGUAUGCCUGAGACUUGCCUGUUUGCUUGUGCGACACAAAGGUCAACCUAUGAUGUGUCGAAAAUUUGACAACAGGACCAAUCUCACAGCAAAUUGCUUUAUAAAAUGGUGUUUCAACUAUGGGUGUGUCGACAAUAUUAUUACAGACUGCCCUGAAAGCAGUCUGUAUCAGGGUUGUGGGUCCUCUGAGCACAAUCUUGCCCAGUGUAAUACCUCAUCCUUCUUGGGCCAGAGUGGAACCAGCGAUGCAGAGUCAAUUCCUGACAACCCAUUAUAAAACCACCUUGGCCUUUGACCUGUUGGACAAUGAAAGUGAGCGUACAACCACGGAUGUUGGUGCAACUCCAGCUUUGUCAAAACAUGUGACUAUGACUCCUGCAUAGAAGCAAAUUUGGGAGGUUUUCCCAAAUACUUCCAAUGGAAAAAGGCUGGUCACAGCCUUUGCUUCUGCAGGUAUUGAGUUGCCUUCGUUUAUUACUAUUUGAAAUAAAAAAAUAUCUCUUUCUAACAGGAUCAGGCCCGAGUUCUGUCAUAUCUGCAUGUCAGAUACCCACAGAACAUCAGAUUGUCCGUAAAGGCACGUCAAGGAGCUGGGCUUUCUGAAACUUUGUAAAAAUAUUAGUGACAGAGUAAAAUGCUUGAAACCUCUGUAGGCGAGUGGGGAAAAAAUUAAAUUAAAAGCCCAAUGGUUCGAAAAAGGCCAAAAAGUAACUCGUUUUUUCUGUUCUCUUGAAAAGAAAAGACAAAGCAACUGUUUCAUGAAGUCUUUUAAAGAUAAAUACAACAAUUCAGUAACUGAUCCUAUUCAGAUAACUAAAGUUGUCAACGAAUUUAGUAAAGCAACUAAACGAAGAUCAAACAGAGAAAGGCAUUUUUUUUUUAUAUUCACAUAAAAAUUUACAACGACAACAAUUACAAUACAAAAGCCUAGGGAGCAUGGAAAUGCAUAACAACCCUAAGACUUACACUUAACAUAGAGAUACAAUUUUUACAAUAAUAAGCUACAAAAGUGAUUGGAGUGGCGUCGCCCAUCGUUCCAAUAGCGUUGCAGAUAUGACAAAUACUCACAAAAGCUAUUUUUAAAAGAAGAUAUCAAAUCUACCUAUGUUUCUUGUUAAUCAAACAGAUUUGUGCCCAGCCAUGAUGAGUGACACCACUCCAAUCGUAAAAGGAAUGAAAUUUAGACAAAAGAGAAACUAAUUUACACGAGAGAGAUUUUCUGGAACUGUUCUGAGGCCUGAAUGUAUUUUAAUGUUGCAUCAAGAAUGUUUGUAUCUGAAUCAAAAGGUAACUUUUCAUGGCCAUAAAGGAGUAUUUGCAAUAGUUCUUUGUUUGGAGGGUUAGAUAGGCCACGAGGACGCAAUGUUGUAUUAACGCUGUCGAGAAGAUCACAUCUGUGUAUGUCAUAGGCACUGCAGAGCAGCAAAAAGUGCUCCGUAUCCUCAAUACCAUCAUUUAUCAGGCACAGGGGAUUAAAAGUAUCCCUAAAAUUAUGUUUAGAUUUGUGGUAAUUUAGCUUACUUAGUCCAACGCGUAGCUGCGUUAAAACAGAUAAAAGUUUUGGAUCAUGAAUUCCGUAGACUGAUUUAGAGGGUGGACGAAUGAGUCCUAGAAGUUGUUUCUUGAAAACAUUCACUGAGCGGGAUUCACGAAUUUCAGGGUCAAGUUUUUCCCAUUCCGACAAGCAGUUUGGGUAGAAAGUUGAUUUAAAUCUUUCUGUUCUCGCAUGUAUUUGCCCUAUUGUAGCUUGCCUGCGCAGACUGUAGUUUGACUCCUGGCGUUGGGGUAUAGGAUUUCUUGUGUAAUCCGGAGUUAAAUUUUUCAUGAUCUUAUAAAAGAGGACAAGACGUCUACUCCAUCGACGGAGGUCGAGAGACUCCCAGCCAAGCCCUUCAUAUAUUUUUUCACGCGAUGUGCCCUUCCAAGCACCAGUUACUGCUAAUGCAGCAGAAUAUUGUACAGCCUCAAGUUUCUCCAUUUGAUUAGUUAAUUUAAAUCUAUGACUAAAUUCACAUGUUUUAUGAGGGAUAUGAUAUAUAACGUCACCAUAAUCCAAGUGUGGCAGGACAUACAGUUUGUAUAUUUCGUUGAGGGUGUGUCGUGGUAAGUAUUUUGAGAGGAAUCUCAACAUCCCUAUUCCUUCUCUAGAUUUAGAAAUAAUUGACUUGAUGUGACUAGUAAAAGACAUUUUAGAGUCUAGUAUGAUUCCAAGGUGCUUUUGUUCCUGGACGUUCUUUACAGGGACAUCAUUAAAAAAUAUGGGUGGGUGAUUCAUUGGAAUUCUCUUUUUAGAAAAGGUUACUUCAACUGCUUGCUUGUUGGGGUCAGGAUUAAAGGACAUUCGCCAAUUGUGCGCCCAAGACUCAAUAAGAUUCAGAUCAUGGUUUAUAUCGAGGGCAGCUGUAUGUGGAUCGUGAACAACUGUGAAGAUCGAUGUGUCGUCGGCAAAUAAUUUCACAUUACACCUUAAACCAUCUGUCAAGUCAUUAAUAUAAAUGAGAAACAGAAGAGGACCCAGGAUAAAACCCUGAGGAACACCAGCUGAGACGGUACCCCAUGUAGAUGUCUUACCAUUCAAAACUGUACGCUGUUUUCUAUCAUUGAGAAAGCUUUGUAUUAAGAUCAUUAGUUUACCAGAGACACCAAUUUGGCUUAGUUUAUAAAUAAGACCCUGGUGCCAGACCCUGUCAAAAGCCUUUGAAAUAUCUAGAUAAACCGAACGGACAUCAAGAGUUGGAUUGCAGUCAAAUGCUGAAAAAAUUGAAUUGACGAUUGAUAGUAACUGAUUAACAGUCGAGUCUCCUGGACGAAAACCUGACUGGUUUUGGUUUAAAAGACUGUUUGUAUCUAGGUGAUGAUAAAGCGAGUCAAACAUAAGUUUCUCUAGAAUUUUACUGAAAAUUGGAAGGAGAGAAAUAGGACGAUAGUUGUUCUUAAGACUCUUACUGUUUUUCUUGUGGAUGGGAACUACGUUGGCUUGUUUCCAAAAUUGGGGGAACACACCUUGGGUCAAGCAGGAUUCAAAUAUUAAUCUAAGGGGUAGAAGGAGUGCAUCAUCGCAGAUUUUUAUCAUUCGUACUGAGAUAUUGCCCCAGCCAUGAGCCUUGUUUGGGUUCAAAGAUCGGAUAAUAUUCAAGAUCUUCUCAUCAGAAAUAGAAAAGCCAGUGAGCAGUGAAGUAUUGGGUACUGAUGGCGGAGGAAGUUCGCUACCAGUAUCGAUUGUGGUGCACUGUUGUAUGAAGUAAUCAUUAAAAAUGUCUGCCUUUGCAGUAAAAUCCAACACAAAUAUAUCGUUUUCUAAAAGGGGAGGAAUUAUUGGUAUUUUUGCUUUGUUCAAGAUUUUAUUGAUCAAGGACCAAUAAAUUUUUCUACCUGUUUCAGGGUCUGAGAGUGUUCUUCCUAUUUUUGUAAGGUAUUUUUCCUUAGCGUCCUCAAUUAGUUUUGAUCCAUGAGCUAUCAUGUUAGUAAUGGCCUCCAGCCUAUCCUCUGGCUACCCGUUUCUGAUGAAAGACUUAUAAGCCCUAUUUUUUUUUCUGAUAAAGUUUUUAAUUGGCUGUGUUAUCCAAGGUGCCUGCCGAGGCCUAACCGUGAUUGUUUUGUUAGGUAUAAAGUUCGAAAAGAUAUUCAGUAAGGUUUCAUUUAGAGUUUUAACUUGCAGGUUAGGACAUGCGAUGUCUGAUAAGGUAUCUUUCCAAGGAAACAUUUCAAUGCUUUUUUUGAUUGCAGUAGCUUCUUCACGGUCAUAAAACCAAAUCCUGCGUCUAUACGGAGGUGGAGACAAAGCCCUUACAUUUAAUUUACCAUGAACAAUCUGAUGAUGACAGUUCUCGUGUAAAGAGGGGUGGACACCAGUUUCAAGGAAAAGGUUUGGCUGAUCAGUAAAAAUAACAUCUAUGCAAGAUCUUGAGUUUCCAAUAAAAUGCGUUGGUUCGUUGAUUAAUUGGUGGAGCCCAAGGUCAGAAGUAAAAGGUUCGAAAAGUUUACCCUCUUCAUUUUCGAUAUCAUCUUCCCACCAGUUUGAAGAACGGCAGUUAAAAUCACCAGUUAUAAUGACACAGUAAGGGUUUUCACCAGACAUCUUGGACAACAUGAGUUUGAAAUUAUUUGUGAAAUCCUGGAAUUCAAGUUGGCUCUGACUGGGACUCCGGUAGAGGAUCACAAAAAAAUAUUUUUUCUUAUCAAGCUGAACUUCACACACAAUGCAUUCAGGGAGGGUCGCCAGGUCUAGUCGGUUUUUUGCAGGGAAUGAGUCUUUGACAUAGAGACCUACACCUCCCCGUUUUACAUUAUUUGGGUGGUUGCUUUUGAAAAAAGAGUAACCAGUGAGAUCUAAUCUGCUUACAUCUACAGUGCUAUCAAGGUGGGUUUCAACAAUACCUAUCAAAUCAUAAUUAUAAACUGCGUUGUACCCUUCAAUAAGAGAGACUCGUGUAAAAUCAUGGGCAAGAAUACUAUUUAAGUUCCAGGAACAAAAGUUGAAGGUGCUAUGCUCUGGACCAGGGUUUGUCUCAAUGUCACCACUUCUUAAAAUUGUCAGAUAAGUUGUCCACUGCAAGUGAAGCGUAUGACAUAUUAAACAUGUUGCAUAGAAAUAGGUGUAUCUGAAAGCUAAGGAUUUCAAAGUGCAGCGAGUACAAGAAUGAAGGAAUAGAACAGAAAAGCGCUUCAUCAGCUCGAAUAGUAUGUAAAGUACAGCUUUUGCAUGCGAAUACAAAUGGGCAAAGACGUGUAAGAAACAAGUGUUUGGAUAAAACGAAAGAUGUGCAGCAGUCUGAACGAUCAUAGUGAGAGGUAAAGCAGGAAUUGAAAUUAUAACAAACGUGCAACAGAAAAGGCAUAACUUGAAGAUCACGAGAAAAAUUGAAAGGGGUUGUGAUCCGUGAAGAAUGUUUUGCUUGGUACUUAUUGGAAAACGGAAUGACGCUAUUGCUGCUCUCCAAUGGUUUACAUCAACCGGCAUCACGAAACUUUAAUCUCCUCGACAGGGAACUAGUGCAACCUUGCAAGGCUAAUAUUCUAAGAACAAAAUUACUUUUUCUCUCUCGUGAGAACAAAUAUUUGGACGAAAUUAAACUAGAAAAAAAAUGCAAAUACAACAAUGAAUAACACUGAAAAGUUUUGAACGCAAAUAUCCUCAAGGGAAACUCAGACAAUACUCCUAGAGGUUGAAAACAAUUCAUCUAACGAAGACAAUAUUAUCAGCGAUUUGCCAAUGUAGGGCUUGCAAUGUAAGUCCACCUGGGAAUUCAAACUUGAUUAUGGAUUGGUAAUGAAUGAUCAAAACAGUUUGGAGGACAAGCUGAAAAAGUUGGGACAUUUCUUACUUAAAAAUCACGGCGAAAUAAGGUAGCAGAUUUCAAAAGGAGAAUGCGAAACCUACGUUUAAAAGGGUAGUUACGUUGAAUAUAGUUGAACUAUGAUACCAACAAUGGAAAAGUUUGUUUCGAGGUUAUUUCGAAUGCAAAGUUGAGAUUUUCUCUAAUUUAUCAAAAUCAAAAGUUAUUUUCUCGAGAGACAAUAACGACAUUUAAGGGACAUAUACCAAACCCUACAACAACUUCUCCAAUUCACUCUCACUCGAGAAGAACUUAAGUGAGCCAUCUGCGAGCUUUACACCUAAACGACAGUUUAUGUCCACAAAUGCAAACUGUAUCCCAGAGUGAUUCUUGACUCUCUCGCGUGCUACAGAAAACAAGUUUGCUCACUUUGGGGUUAGAUCUAAUGAAAUAUUUAUGUUAUCUAGCUUUUUCCUCGCUCUAUAAACUGCCACCCUCUUUUCCCAAGAUAUAAAUUUCACUAUUACCGCCUGCUGCUUCUCACCAUCAUUGCUCGUUUUUAUCCUUCCAAUUCUGUGCGCGCGAUCAAUGCAGUCGUCAGGAACCGCAACUUCCAGAUCUUUAAACACCUUUUUGACCUUCGUUAAGCAGUUUUUUGAAGUUUCAUCGCCGUUUUCUUUAAGGGGUACACCGUAAAUACGUAAACAAGACCUUCGGCUGUACUGUUCAGAUUCUUCCAGGCGGUUCUCCAUCUCAUUUAAGUGUGCCUCAUAUAACGAAAGCUUACCUUCCAACGCUACAACCCUGUCCACCAAAGGCUUCGUUAUUUUCUCGAUCUCAGAUGCAAACGAUAACUUUAGAUUUUUCUCUAGAUCUGUUAUAAGCAAUGAUCAUUUGAUACGAGUCCUGCUUUUGUAAUUGCCGCUUCGACAGCCUUUUGAAUUUGCUUAUCCAUCAUGUAUGGUAUGUAUCGUAGAUUUAGGCCCAGCAGCAAACAAUUAGUACAAGAAAAUGGGCCAAAUUUCCAUGUUUCGCCUUUUAAUACCACUAAAAUAAUACUCCAAAUCAACUUGCUACUAUUUAAUUUAAUCUCCAACCCAUUUAUAGUUAUUGGAAAGACAUUACAGCGCUACAAAGGCAAAUCUGCUCGGAGCUCAAAUUACCAUGUCCAACACCUCCAACGUCCAACGUCCAACUUGUCACAGAAAGGCAUUUCUGUGACAAACCUCUUACACUCGUAGAAUUAAAAGGAUGUCUUGAAAUUAUGUCAAAUAAAGAAUCCUCUGGGAUGGAUGGAAUUUUCUGCGAAUUUUGCAAAAUGUUUUGGAAAAACCAGGAAAGCAUUUUUUGUUCAUUGUUGGUAAAUUUUUAACAAUAAGCCCCUCACCCCCUCGCAAAGAACUGCCCUCAUUUCUUGCCUCUUAAAAUAGGUGACAGAGAAAUCAUUGGAAAUUGGCGUCUGUUGAGGAUUUUUAAUUGUGAUUAUAAAAUGUUAGCAAAAGUUAUUGCCAACCGUAUUUUGAAAGACUUGUCAAAAGAUAUUGUAACUCCUUGUGAAUGUAAAACUUUCUAGAAUCAGAAAUGCACUUUCAGAGGUACCAAAACUUAAAUUGAAAGUAGGCUAGGUAGAUUAUUUCAAAUCUCCAUUAAUGAAUUCCUUUCAUUCUUUUUUUCUGAUGGUGAUAGUCAGUAUAUUUGCAAUUUCUUCUCUAGUAUGUUAAAUGCACUUAUGUAAGUAUGAAUCAUUUAUUCAUUUGCCUGUUGGCAUUGUAAACCCCUUAGAAAUAGAGGCGUUAGCAUGCCCACUCUGUCACGUGACGCCUUCAAAAUAUGGGAUUUCAAAUUGGUAGGAACAAGUUGGCAAAAUAUAUGCGGGGAAUCACAGCGGACACUAUUGCCUCCUGUCACUGUAUACACGCUUGGCUGUUUAAAUAAUCUGAUAAACUGCUGCUAACAUUGAUAGAUUAUUUAGCUUUUCUUUUUUAUUUUGAUAUAAGAAAAUGGUAAUGGCGUAAAUUUUGGGGGGGGGGGACUAGCUGGGGGCCAGCUUUUGGCUCUAGGCGCCAAUGCUAACUAGUAGAAUGUAAAUCUGAACGGUUUUUUGGCGGUACAUAACUUGAAAAUGGCUUUGAAAAAAGCAAACAUUUCACAACAUAUUAACUACACGCUGAACUGGAAAAACUUAAAACGAUCUUUCUGGACAACAGCUAUCCAGAAGACGUCAUUUUAUCUUAUACUAAGGAGAAGAUUGCAAGUUUUUCGUCCGCUCAAAAGUAGCCUCCGGUCACACUUUUUCGAGCUCCGAUAUUUAUUAGCGUAUUGUCGGUCUCAGCUGGUUUAUAGACUAAUUUUAAGUCUUAAAAUUUAUAAUUCUGAUAAAUCAUUGAGAAUAUUAUUUCUCCCGAAUUUCGUUAAAAUGGCAACAAAUGAUGUUCCUCUCAUAUGGGGAGACUCUCAUUGCAAUGAAACUGAAAAGCUGAUGUCAUUUGCUCAGAAACUCAAACAAGGUCAUGCAAAGAUGUCCCCAAACAACUUGGCAGCGAAAGCAGCAAAGUUUGAAACAAGCAAUAGCAUCGACCAUAAGGAAAUCAUCACCUCUUUUCAUAAAAAAAUUCAAGAUCCAAACUGCAUUUCUCAACUAAUGUCGUUUGCUGCCCUACCAGGGCGAAGGAAAUGGAACAAUAUCUUUGCAAAACAUUAUAUUGUUGAGAAAGUCAUUGAGGAUUUAGUCAAGUUUCCAUCUAUGUCAGCAGAUGAUCCAGGGAUUCCAUUUACUCCUGUAAGAAAGAGAGCCCUUCUCAUCAAAAUUCCAGAUGCCUCUCCCGAUAUCUCCAAUAAUGAAAUUGGAAACAUACUCUCCCAAUAUGGUACGGUCACUCGCGUUUGGAAAUAGACAUGGCAAGGCUUUCCAAACAUCUUUAAUGGCAUGCGGUUGGUUACGAUUUUUCCUUUGGCGUCUGUCGAUCUACCCUCUUUCAUCAUAUUCAAAAAUAAGAAAAUUUCGCUUUCCUUCAAGGGUAAACAUGUAUUUUGCCAAAUAUGUAUGUCAGACAUGCAUAGAUCUUCUGACUGCCCCUCUCGUCACAUAAGCCAUUGAUAUCUUUGUGGAUCGACGGAACAUAACAAAAAGGAUUGUUCUAAGUUCGUUUUCCUAAAAAGGGGCCAGAAUAGAUGUUGCAGCGGCAAAAUAGACGAAAACGACACGACCCCCAUUGGCAAAGCCGAGAACUGGAACCGGAACCACUAACGCGGAGCAAAUGGAAGAUGAAGAAGGAUCGGACUCAGCAACGGAAGAAACUACUACAGACGAACCUACAGCUAGCUCUGCAACACCUCAAAGUCCUACUCCCACCGAAACAACCGAACAAACUGAACAAACUGGAAUUACUGCCACUUAACCGGAUCCUCCACUAGAACCAAAGCCACAAAGAUCUACCCAAAAAUAAACUAAAUCACCCAAAGACUACGCCCCCUAUACCAGAAAAACAGUCAAGUGACCAGUCCCUGCAACCCCUGAAAAGAACGUUGUUCGGAAAAAACCUGCGGGUGAGAACUUUUCAUUCCGAUUCUGGGGCAACAGAAAAUGAAGCUGAGAUGCUACGCCUACACAAAGAACGUUUGAGAAAGUUCCCAUAUUCGUCGUAGGAAGAUCGCCGCCCGUACUCAAAAGCCAGAAACCCAGAAGUGCCCCACCACACUAGUGUCGUAGGUAAAGAAACUUUUAGUUAUGCCUCCUGAGCUAAGCUUUUAGUUAAGCCAUACUUUUUUGAAGAAAGCAC